AUGUAUCAUCGGGUCUUUAGGUACUUGACGCACACUCGACCCGAUAUCUCUUAUGUAGUUGGCACAGUGAGUCGAUACAUGGAGCAGUCUACCACCCUACACCAACAAGCACUAAAACACAUUCUUCGUUACGAUAAGGGAACAGCGAGCUAUAGGAUUCAGUUAAGAAGAGGACGAGAAGUUGAAGAACUCGUUGGUUUUAUUGAUAAUGACCUAGCCGGUGACACAGACGCUAGAAAAAGCACCGAAGGGUUGAUGUUUUAUCUCAACGAGAAUUUGAUCACCUGGCAAUCACAAAAGCAACGAAUUGUUGCAUUAUCUUCAUGUGAGGCGGAGUUUAUGGCAGCUACUACAGCUUCGUAUCAAGGACUUUGGAUAAGAAACUUGUUGAGCAUGGUGUUUGAUUCGAGCAGAGGCCGGUAA